GGCUCGAGAGCGGACACGUUUUUCAGUCGAACUCCUUUCCGAUUUCCUUCCGCCGCCGCCACCGCCACCGGCGACCUCGUCGGCUCCUCUCCGCUCGCCGCCGCCGGACGGCAAGGUGUUGCUCUUCGGCGACGCUUUCCGCGGCCUGCGUGCCGCUCUUGCCGGUUGGACCAGGCGUCGCGGCCUGCCCAUCUCGGCGCCGCGCCUCCCUCCCCGUGCUCCUCUAGCCUUCCCCGGCGGCCAGCUCCAGAAGCAGGCUAUGAGCACGGCGGUGGAUGCUUCAGUGGCUGUUACCGAGCAGGAGGAUGUUACGGAAAACAUCUUGGGUGGCAAGAAAGUUGCAGUUGUAUUUGUUCUAGGUGGUCCUGGAAGUGGGAAAGGAACACAAUGUAGCAAUAUUGUGGAGCAUUUUGGGUUUACACAUCUUAGCGCAGGAGAACUGUUACGCACAGAAAUCAAGUCUGGUUCUGAGAAUGGAGUCAUGAUUGACAACAUAAUAAAUGAAGGAAAAAUUGUUCCAUCCGAGAUAACCAUAAAGCUUUUGCAAGAAGCUAUGAUAAAAAGUGAAAAUGACAAGUUUCUCAUUGAUGGAUUUCCAAGGAAUGAAGAAAACCGUGCUGCGUUUGAUAAUAUCAAAAUAUCACCUGAGUUUGUGCUAUUCUUUGACUGUUCGGAGGAAGAAAUGGGAAGGCGUCUUCUGGGCCGUAAUCAGGGAAGAGCUGAUGACAACAUUGAGACUAUCAGGAAAAGAUUCAGCGUUUUUGUCGAAUCCAGUUUGCCUGUAAUUCAGUAUUAUGACUCAAAGGGCAUGGUUAAGAAGAUUAAUUCUGCAAAACCAAUCGCUGAGGUGUUUGAAGAUGUCAAAACCGUUUUUCAGCCGUAUGGCCCAAAGGUCACACAGAUGCCCUCGCGCGAAUAAAUGAUGAAAGUUCAGGUAAACGGUGUCCCUGAAAGUAUUGGAGCUCAUGGCAAGUUACCCUGCCAGCAUGCCCACCAGAUAAUUCAUCCAUCAUCUGAUUAUAAGUAGAGCUGAUCCUUGUUAGUAAGUACUAAUAGAGACGAACUGGAGCACAUAUCAGUUUACCUGUGUGCCCAUCUAUUUUAAGGAAAGAAUAACAGGCCAGGAACCAUUCAGCCACUUCAUAUCGUUUCUGAUUCACUAUCAACUGGUACCGCAUUAUGUGUUUUUCUUCAAACUCUUUAUAGCCUAAGUUAUCCACUGAUGAUAUCACAAA